AGAGUUCUUGCAGUAUGAAUAUGAAUUCAAACCAUGCUUCACACACAUUCAUAUUCUGUUGAUAAAUAACAAACAAACACUUUACAAUUCAUGAGAAAUGAAAAAUGACUGUAUUAUGGAUAUUAAUUUUGAUCUUCAGCACCAUGUAUACAGUUCAGAUUGAUAGACACUGGGUAACUGCACAAUCCCCCACUGACCCAUCAGUUUAUCAGCCUGAUAAAGAGCUCAGUGUGAAUAUCGGAGACUCGGCUACUCUGCAGUGUUGUAUUUUAGAAAAAGAAGUUGGAUUGAUGGUCUGGUUUAAGCAACCAAACAGAAAAAAACCUCAGAUUAUAGUAAGAGUAUUUAAAAGUAGUGGAGAAGCGUUUCACAAUGGAUUCCAAAAGUCUCGUUUCCAAAUAGAAAGAUCUUCAAACUGCUGCAAUUUGACCAUUUUAAACAUCAUUCAGUCUGAUGAAGCCAUGUACUACUGUGCACUCACAAGACCCAACAUUGUGUUCGGAGAUGGAACUUAUUUAAAAAUUAAAGGUGAGCAUGUUACUAUUGUAUCAGAAACAUCUAAAACUGCUUUAUGGAAUAAUUCAGUGGUGUGUGAACCAACACCGCAUGGAAACAACACUAACUUGAACACACAACACAAAUCCGCAGAAUCAGAAAAUAUCAGAUCUCUACAUUGGACAGUGAUCAGUUUGGGAACGGCUUUAGGUUUGUGCGCACUUCUGAAUUUCUGUCUUACUUAUUACAUACUGAGGAGAAGAAAACGUGAUAAAAAAAACGCUUCUUUUGAAGAUUCUCCAGGAACAAGGCAGGAAUUUGAAGCUGAAUCACUGAAUUAUGCAGCUUUGCAAUUCUCCAAGAGGAAAGCCAAAGUUGAAAGAAGAAAACCUGGCUCAUCAGAUGAGUGUGUGUACUCCGAUGUGAAGAAAACUGUCAGAUGUACAUAGAUGUUUCAUAACACAAGUGGUACUAUGCCAUUAUACUGCCAGAAGAAUGAAGAUAUCAUGACUAUACACACAAAAUAUAAAUAUAUUCUGUUCAGGAUAUUUUGUUUUAGUGUGUUUUUGUAUGUUUUCCCCAACUACUAUUUAUUUCUAUUUAUUAUUUGUAUGACUGAUUUUGUGGCCUCAUUUGUAUGACUUUGUCUUUUUUCAUAGACACAGUGAAUGCAAAUAAACA